AUGCCGGGGCUUGGCGUAGGAAUCGGCGCAGGAGUGGGCGCGGGAAACCAGAUUCCCCUUCCUUCCAGCGAAAACUGGUGGGAGCGGCGCGUGCCCGCGAACAUGCGACACGUGGCGAACACAGCGGAAUUCGUGGAGGCGCUAGGCGCAGCGGGGGAUAAGCUCGUGGUGGUUGACUUUUUCGGGACCUGGUGCCGCUCGUGCCGCGCCAUGCACCCUAAGCUGUGCAUGUUGGCUUUUAAGAACCCUGACGUCAUCUUCCUCCAAGUCGAGUUUGGCCGCAACAAGCAACUCUUUCCCGUCCCCCUCUUCUCCGCAACCCACCUGCCCACUUCUCCCUACACGUCUCCUUUCUCCCCUCCCCCUUUCAGCUCUCUCUGCAUGCUAGCGUCGAGGCAUCCGGACGUCAUCUUCCUGCAGGUCGAGUUCGACCCCAACAAGCAGCUGUGCCGGUCGCUCGGAAUCAAGCGGCUGCCUUUCUUCCACUUCUAUCGGGGCGCUGACGGGCUGCUAGACGCUUUCCCCGCCACCCUUACUUCGAGCGCUGACGGCCUGCUGGACGCCGGUACGUCGUGCCCUGUCACCCUCACUUCGGUACCUCGUGCUGGGAGCAUCCUCUAA